AUGCCCAGAGUAGCAGGGCCGGUCACCCUGAUGGUGGCACUGGCACCACUCCUGGGGGAAACGUUGCUGCUCGUCAACAGCACAAUGCCGCUGCUUCCGGGGAUGGAUGUAAUGAGUAGCAGCAAGUAUCCACACAUUGGCAUCAUCGAACGGGUUUCCCGAACUGAGCUGAAAUGGCAUCGGCAUCGACGACAAGUGAUUGCCGGCCCAGUUUAUGAGUGGCAUUCCUAUGAGAUUCCAUAUACCAUAUGGGGUGGCGACUGUAAGUUUUACCGCUAUUCAUUCUACUAUUUCCAGUAA